UGGGAGUGCGGCGCGGCGUGCGCGGGCACGAGCGACGGGCCUGCCUCGGGCUCAGGCGCGGCGGGCGCGCGCUGCGGCGGGUGUGCGAGGCGCGGGCUGUUGUGCUCCCGGCUCUGCUCGGUCCUUCUUCUGCGGGUGGCGGAGGCCCCAAGCGGUGCGGGGCUCGACCCUUCCUUCCCUGCUCGUCCUGCCCAGCUCUUCUCGCGCUGCGCGGUCUCUCGGACGCCAGACCGGCCCGGCCCGGAUAUGGCUCGUGGACAGCAGAAGAUUCAGUCUCAGCAGAAAAAUGCCAAAAAGCAGGCUGGACAAAAGAAGAAGCAAGGACAUGACCAAAAGGCUGCUGCCAAAGCUGCCCUAAUAUACACCUGCACCGUCUGUAGGACACAAAUGCCAGACCCCAAGACCUUCAAGCAGCACUUUGAGAGCAAGCACCCUAAGACUCCACUUCCUCCAGAAUUGGCUGAUGUCCAGGCAUAAAGUUGUUUACAGGUGAAUUCAUGACACCUUUGACUCUUCUACUGUCUCAGACCUUAGGUAACAAACCUGCAGCUGCUUUUUUAAACAAACUGUUGAUCAGCAAAAAAUAAAGGGGCUACAGAAACACUCACUUUUAUGCUGUUCCCUUUGGGCGUCAUGCAAAGACAAUUCUGUGUAAAUGUACAGUUGACUCUGGUGUGGAAAUCUGAAAAAUCAGUCCAUUCUUGUUAUAAAAAUUUUUUUACAAUUGUAAUUAUAUUGAUGUUCAUAUUGUGUAAAAUAACUCAUUUAAUAAAGUAGUGCUUUGAUUUUACAACACCGCAGGAUAAAUGGUUCUAGAAAUUCUGUUCUAACUUUCCUUAUUAUUUGCCUUAUUAUAAAAAACAAAUUGAUCAGCUAAUGUUGCAAGAGCAGUUCUCUCCCUUUCUCAGCUCAGUGGCAGGUUUGUUAACUAGAGCAGACUCAUUCAUUAAAUCGUGCACAUGAUUCUAUUGGCAGCUGAUGCGGGGUAAAGAAUGGCUUAUCUCUGCUUCCGUGCAUUCACAGUUACAGGCCAUUCCCCACUUCUGAUCAUUUCCUGUGUAUCCACCUGGGAGUCAUUGUAGGUGACAGAUUCAAUUCAUAAAAUUGGCAGGGUUGCCAGUGAGCCCUUCUGGACAACAUAUGAAGGAACAAUGUGAACUGUAAAGGCCUUUGUCUUACAAUGGGUCUUUACAAAUUGUUCAAAUUCUUUCAUUUGAAAUUGAACUAUAAUUUUUGAAGGAUUUGGAAGUUAUUUAGCUAAUUUUAUGAGUGGAUUUUUGCAUUUAACAAGAUUAGAAUGAUUUGUUCCAGGUUAAUUCCCAGAACAUUCUUUGUCUUUCAAAUAAAACUCUAACUUUAGAGACUUAGUGCUGGCUCCUGAAAUCAAAGCCUGUCUAAUCUGCCUUCCACCUGAACUAGCAAAGCAUUUUGGGAUGAAGUAAACUCUGCCAGUGAAGGAAGAAUAACUAGUUCUGGUGUUGUAGUUUAUAAGCAAGUCUGCUGUAACUCAGCUUAAGUUUAGAAAUUGAUGUAAUGGGAAGAGCAUUACUACUGACAGCUGCUUAGAGCUGCGGCCCUGACCUGUGGGUAACAGAUGGAUCCCUCGUGAUGUAGCCGGGCAGUCAGUUAGUGGACAGGAUGGCAUACUCUGACCACCUGGCUCAUGCCACUGAGCUUGAAGGAGGGUGACUCAAGGGAGAGUCUUAGUGCUGGUCAUUUGCACAGCAGCCCUGUCCCCAGCCUCACAGAAGUACAGUUCAUCUGUUUAAUUAAUUUCCUGCCUCUUACACUUGGUAUCCACUGUUUGCUAAAAUGUUGCUGACUAGAGUUAGAGUUUUACCUGUUUUCUUGUGGAUCUUACAGACAUUCUAGUUAAAUGGCAAUUUUAGAGCUUUACACUGAUGUACGUUUCUUUUAGUAACAAAACUGGUUAUUCAGAGCCUGAUCGCAAUUUUUGGUUUAAUUCUUUUUGUUUGUUUCACUGUUGUAAUUCAGAAUAAAACAUUUUCAGUCGUAUUUACCUGUUGUAUGAGCAGCUGAAGACACCGUAUUUCACUCUGUAUCUCAGUGGUAGGGAGUAGAUAAUGGGUCUUCGCUCUGAGCAUGGAGAUUGCCAGCAUGGUCCUAUUCUGUGUUUCAGUCAAGUCUGCUGUAAGGAGAAAAUGACAACUCGAACAUCUUUGUAAUUAAGUUUGCAGAGUCUCUUAACAGACAAGUUUGUUUAAAAACUGUUUUGCUGUCUUCAAGGGUGGUAUAACAUAGCAAGAGGGGACUGAGCUAUGUGUACUCUGUAUUGGUUGUCGAAGGAUGGGGUUCACAUACACUUGUCUCCAUUCUCGGCCCAUGGUUAGCUGACACACUGGGACCUCACGUGUGCUGUAAUGUCUUAUUAAAGAAGAUGUUAAAGAAAAUGAAA